AUGACGGGUGGUCCGGCGAGGACAAGCUCACUAAUGGACGAUCUCUUGGGACUCCUUAGAAUCCGCAUCAAACGCGGCGUUAAUCUCGCCGUCCGUGACAUCAAUAGUAGCGAUCCGUACGUCGUCAUCAAAAUGGGUAAACAGAAAUUGAAGACUCGAGUAAUUAACAAAGACGUAAAUCCAGAAUGGAACGAAGAUCUGACUCUCUCCGUCACAGACUCCAAUCUUACCGUCCUCUUGACGGUGUACGACCACGACAUGUUUAGCAAGGACGACAAGAUGGGUGAUGCAGAGUUCGAGAUAAAGCCGUAUAUCCAGGCUCUAAGGAUGCACCUUGACGGUCUUCCUAGUGGAACCAUAGUGAGCACGGUUCAGCCAUGCCGCCGCAACUGUCUAGCCGAGGAGUCUCGAAUCACAUGGGUCGACGGUAAGCUCGUACAAGAUCUCGUUCUCAGACUGCGACAUGUCGAAUGCGGAGAAGUGGAGGCUCAGCUUCAGUGGAUUGAUCUCCCUGGCUCCAAGGGUCUAUGA